AUGACAUCACGGCCUGUAACUGCCAUGCGUUCGCCUGGGAACUUUGGAUUGACGGGAAAUGUGUUUGGCGGCACACUCUCACUUGCCACCGGCGGGCGGCCCACGACGACGAUUGGCGGCGGCACUACUUUGGGCCGCAUUCAGGCAAAAGUGCAGGACGGCAACUUCACCUCCACCGUCUACGGCUUCAUCCGUGAUCAUCAGUACGACGAGGCGAUUGAAAUUCUUCUUCAGCAAUUGGAGGAAUUCCCGCGGAGCCGGGCGGCGAUUUCCCUCAUUGCCUACUGCUACUACCACGUUGGGGAGUUUGCCGAGUCCGCACGCAUGUAUCAGCAGCUGGUGAAGAUAUGCCCACACGUGGAGGAGUACCGUGUGUAUCUCUGCCAAUCUCUAUACAAGGCGGGCGCCUACGCAGAGGCGAGUAAGAUGUGUUCCAUGAUAGAAUCCGAGCAGUAUGAGAUGCGGCUGCUGAAGCUGCAGGCCUCUAUUGCGUAUGAACAGGAGGAGAUUCCACAGACAAAGUCAUUUCUGGAAAAAUGCCCGGCUGAGGAUCCGGAUGUGAUUGUUCUGCAGGGAUGUGUGCUUUGCAAUGAGGGAUCGUAUGAGGAGGCACUCGCAAAGUUCCAAGAGGCUCAGGCGGGAUUAGGCUUCAAACCAGAUCUCGCCUACAAUAUCGCACUCACCUACUACCGCAUGCAACAGUAUGGACCCUCACUAAAGCAUAUCGCCGAAAUCAUUGAACGUGGUAUUCAAGAGCAUCCAGAACUUAAUAUCGGAAGUAACACCGAAGGGAAUGAGGCACGAUCAGUUGGUAAUACCCAAUUGUUAAAAGAGACAGCCUUGGUGGAGGCAUUUAAUCUAAAGACAGCAAUAGAACUUAUGAUGAAGAAUACACCUGCAGCGAAAGAGGCCCUCACGGAUAUGCCUCCUCGUCUACAAGAGGAAUUGGAUCCUGUUACACUGCAUAAUACAGCUCUUGUCAAUAUGCCAGAAGAUCCUUCAAGUGGUUUUAAUAAACUAAACUUUUUAUUACAAAAUCCACCAUUUCCUCCAGAAACGUUUCAAAAUUUGCUUCUCUUUUAUUGUAAAUAUCAAUACUAUGAUCUUGCAGCGGAUGUUUUGGCAGAGAAUCCUCAUUUAAGUUGGAAAUAUUUGUCGCAAAAGAAUCAAUCACUCUAUGAUUUCCUUGAUGGACUUAUUACUGCCCAGACUUCACCUGCUGAGGCCUAUCGAAAGUUUGAUAUAUUAGCACAACAUCAUAUUGAUCAACUUCGUAAACUUACUAAAAAAUUACAAGAUGCAAAACAAACUCAUGAUAAGGAUAGUGUUCGUAUAGCAUUACGAAAUUAUGAUGAUGCCUUGGAAGAAUAUAUUCCAGUUCUUAUGGCACAAGCAAAUAUUUAUUGGGAAAUUGAAAAUUAUCCAAUGGUGGAAAAACUUUUUCGUCAAUCCGCAGAAUUUUGUUCAGAACAUGAAAUUUGGAAACUUAAUGUGGCGCAUGUCUUCUUUAUGCAAGAAGCAAAGUUUCGUGAGGCUAUUCGUUAUUAUGAACCUGUGGUGGAGGCGAAUGAAGAAAAUCUUCUUAACUGCAGUGCUAUCGUAUUGGCGAAUUUGUGUGUUUCAUACAUUAUGACUGCUCUUAAUGAUAAGGCAGAAGAAAUUAUGCGCCGUAUUGAACGUGAAGAAGAGAAAUUAACCUAUGCGGAUCCUGAGAAACAACCAUUACAUUUAUGUAUUGUAAAUCUUGUUAUUGGUACUUUAUACUGCUCAAAGGGAAACUUUGAGUUUGGUAUUUCACGUGUUAUCAAAUCAUUAGAGCCUUAUCAUCGUAAAAUCAUGACAGACACUUGGUUUUAUGCUAAACGUUGUUUCUUAGCCCUCGCUAUGCAUUUGGCUAAACAUAUGGUGGUAUUAAAGGAUGCGGCAUUUGAGGAGAUUCUUAACUUUUUUGACCAGGCAGAUCACUAUGGUGAGAAGAUUCCGGCUUUUGUGCACUCAGACCCUAGUAAACAGGAUACCUCCGCUAAGAAUACUGUGCGCUGGGAGGCGCGACAGCUUAAGCAUCUAUACUUGCAGUUGCGUGAAUAG